CAGAACUGCUGUGGUAUCACCUGAGAAGACCAGAGCCCCUCCCGACCCAAGUGCACCUGCUGCAGCCCAGUGCCCGGCCAUGACCGUCACCUACUCAAGCCAAGUGGCUAAUGCCCGCCUAGGCUCCUUCUCCCGCCUGCUGCUGUGCUGGCGAGGCAGCAUCUACAAGCUGCUCUAUGGCGAGUUCCUCAUCUUCCUGCUCAGCUACUAUACUAUUCGCUUCAUUUACAGGAUGGCCCUCACGGAGGAACAGCAGGUGAUGUUUGAGAAACUGACUCUGUAUUGCGACAGCUACAUCCAGCUCAUCCCCAUUUCCUUCGUGCUGGGUGAGCCCCCCGACCCCCCCGCGUCUCGGGAUCCCAGUGGUGCUGCCGGCUCCAGAAAGGUGGACUACGGAGAGUAGCACGUCAGUGCCUCUCAGCAGUUCAGGGCUGCAGCCAGACGGAGGUCAGACGUUAGGAAGGACGUCCUGCUGUUAGCACCCAAGACUCCUGCUUCUGAGGGCAGCAAUGACAGUCCCUGGAGCGUCUGCGCAGGAGGGGAGGGCGGGCAGACUUCUGGGAUAGACAGGGGGCCCCUGGGAGCGAGAACUGGAGGAUCUUGCACCUUCCCGCGGGUCUGCUGGUCCUCCCCUCCCGAGCGCCUUCCAGGAGGGCUGGGGCCCGGCGCGCUCCCAUCAACGAAGAUGGAGACGCGGAGGCAACGCCCUCGCUCGGCUCUGGCCGCAGCCUGGGCAGCCUGGGCCCCCGCCCCUCGCCCCCUUCCCCCACGCUUCUCUUGCCCAGGCUUCUACGUGACUCUGGUCGUGACCCGCUGGUGGAACCAGUACGAGAACCUGCCGUGGCCAGACCGCCUCAUGAACCUGGUGUCCGGCUUGGUGGAGGGCAAGGACGAGCAAGGCCGGCUGCUGCGGCGCACGCUCAUCCGCUACGCCAACCUGGGCAACGUGCUCAUCCUGCGCAGCGUCAGCGCCGCGGUCUACAAGCGCUUUCCCAGUUCCCAGCACCUGGUGAAAGCAGGCUUUAUGACCCCCGCGGAAUGUAAGCACUUAGAAAAGCUGAGCUUGCCGCACAACACGUUCUGGGUGCCCUGGGUGUGGUUUGCCAACCUGUCAAUGAAGGCGUGGAUUGGAGGUCGAAUCCGGGACCCUGUCCUGCUCCAGAGCCUGCUGGACGAGAUGAACAUCUUGCGUACUCAGUGUGGACACCUGUUUGCCUACGACUGGAUCAGUAUCCCGCUGGUGUACACGCAGGUGGUGACCGUGGCUGUAUACAGCUUCUUCCUGGCUUGCCUGGUUGGGCGGCAGUUCCUGAACCCAGCCAAGGCCUACCCUGGCCACGAGCUGGACCUUGUUGUGCCUGUCUUCACAUUUCUGCAGUUCUUCUUCUAUGCUGGCUGGCUGAAGGUGGCAGAACAGCUCAUCAACCCAUUUGGAGAGGAUGAUGAUGACUUUGAGACCAACUGGAUUGUCGACAGGAGCUUCCAGGUGUCCCUGUUGGCUGUGGACGAGAUGCACCAGGACCUGCCCCCGAUGGAGCGGGAUAUGUACUGGAAUGAACCAGAACCACAACCCCCCUACACCGCUGCUUCUGCCCAGUAUCGUCGAGCCUCCUUUUUAGGCUCCACUUUCAACAUCAAUCUGCAUAAGGAAGACAUGGAGGAGGAAGAGGAAGGCACUCACGCUGGCAUCAUUGGCCGCUUCCUAGGACUGCAGUCCCACGACCACCAACCCCCCCGGACAAACUCAAAGACCAAACUACUAUGGCCCAAGAAAGAAGGCUUUCUCCAAGAGGGCCAGACCAAGAAACUCGGGGGUGCCAGGCAGACCUCUAGGGACAAGGAAGACAGCAAGGCCUGGGAGAUUAAGGAGGAGGGUGCUUUUGAGACUGCUGCAUUUUAUGGGAGGUCAGGCUACCACAGUGCCCCACAGACGCCCCUCAGCCACACACCUAUGGUCUUCCCAUCUGGACAGUCAGCACCCUCAAGCCUACGCAGAGUCUCAGGGAUAGACGGUGCUGUCAAAGAUCAAAACCUACAGCCUGGGAUAAAGACCAGUUCUGAAGCACUCCCAGAGAAUGUUGGGUUCUCAUUAGAGAACCCAGAAUCGGGUCAUGUGAAGAGGAAAACUGUCGAGUUUAACCUGACAGACAUGUCAGGGACCCCUGAUCAUCAUCUCAGAGACUCAAAUUUGAGCCAGUCAACUAGCAACCUACACACUAUACUCAAGGGCCACGGAGAUCCCUAUUGGGCCUUGGAAAACAGGGAUGAAGCACAUUCUUAGCCUGUUUCCCAAGGGAGACGCUUCAUCGGCCUGGUCCUACCUGCACGUACACCAGCGGUACACUGGUCUAGUCACAGCCAUACAGCCGUCCACACUGAAGAGUAUGUUCGUAGGACAGCCUGAAUUAAAUGGUUAGCUUAGUGGAAAACAAAAUCCAUAGUGUCAGGUCUACUUAAGCCCUUAAGAUACUUUUUGUACAUAAAAAUUGUAAAAAGCUGGAAUCAACCACUGGAAACAUGUAAUUCAAAACCUUCAAUUCAGAAUCAGGAGUCCUUAAGUCCUGUCUGAAUUCAGCACACCCAGCCUCAAUUAUCAUUUCCUAAGGACU